GUUGGAGGCAGAAGGCGGGAAGGAGACUUCUGAACAGUGAAUCUAUUACUGAGGAAAACCAAAGGAGGCCUGUGUAGAUAGGUCUCAGUUAGACACCAGCUACUAGAAGAGCUUUCUCAGAGACUGAUUGGAAUAUUCUCCAUUAGAUAUGGCUGCAAAUUGCACAUCCUCAUGGCGUCAGAGAGAACCCUGCAACAGACCUGGGUUGGAGCUGCCACAGUCUAUGGCAUCCUCAGAAACUCAACUUGGAAAUUACGACGUGGACCCUGAGAUUUCUCACGUGAACUUCAGGAUGUUCAGCUGCCCAGAGGAGUCGGACCCCAUCCAGGCUCUGAGGAAACUCACUGAGCUGUGCCAUCUGUGGCUGAGGCCCGACCUCCACACCAAAGAGCAGAUCCUGGACAUGCUGGUGAUGGAGCAGUUCAUGAUCUCCAUGCCCCAGGAGCUCCAGGUCUUAGUCAUGAUGAACGGCGUGCAGAGCUGCAAAGACCUGGAGGACCUGCUGCGAAAUAACAGAAGACCCAAGAAAUGGUGUGUAGUCACCUUCCAGGGAAAGGAAUAUAUUGUGCAGGACUCAGAUGUUGAGAUGGCUGAAGGCCCCACCAGUGUCAGGGAUGAUCCGAGAGGCAUGUCCAGCCAGCGGGCCUCCUCUGUGAACCAGACGCGUCCGGGGGAAGGCCAGGCCCGCCGAGAGCUGCAGACCCUGCCCAGGGUCCCUGCGCUGUCCAGGAGGCAGAAUGUCUAUAUUGAGCAAAGCGUGGACAAUAGCCGGCUGAGCGCCCAAGGCGGAGAGUGGGGAGGGAAGCGAUGGAUUUGCCUGUGGUGGGAAGACUUUGCCCAGUCGGCCGCAGGAUUAGAAAGUUUGCCGCCCGCUGCUGCCAACGAGCAAACAGAAAAACCAAAAACCAAACCUGCCUCAGUGCCCAAGGCCGACUCUGUGCCGUAG